UUUAAAAAAAAAAUCGUUAUUCCUCUUUAACGUUCAAAAAAAAAGCCAUCCGCAUAUAAACAAACAGCACGGCCUAACAACAACAACAACAACCGCCGCCGCCGCCGCCGCCCGAAAUCAUCAUCGUCGUCAUCAUAAUAUUAAUAAUAAUCAUGAACGGAGUACAAUUAAUCAACAUCCAGACGCUGCUGGAAGCGGCCGAGUACCUGGAACGGAGAGAGCGAGAAGCCGAGCACGGCUAUGCCUCGGCGCUGCCCUGCGACGUGGAGGCGGUGAGGAAGAAGAUGAAAACGAAGAAGAAUUCGAGCAAUAGGUCUACACACAAUGAAUUAGAAAAGAACCGACGAGCACACCUUCGUCUCUGCUUGGAACGAUUGAAAGAACUUAUACCACUGGAAUCAGAGAGUACCAGGCAUACUACACUUGGUUUACUCAACAAGGCCAAAGCACAUAUUAAGAAACUUGAAGAGCUGGACAGAAAGUCACUCUACCAGAUAGACCAUCUGAAGCGCGAACAUCGCUUUCUAAAAAGAAGGCUGGAACAGCUAGAGGAUUCACCAGAGAAUGAACGAAUACGAACAGACAGCGUAGACUCCACUGUCUUCUCGGAUCGUUCUGAUUCAGAACGAGAAGAGAUUGAGGUGGAUGUUGAGAGCACUGAGUUCUCCCAUGGAGACGUGGACAAUAUUAGCACUGCCAGCAUCAGUGACCUUGAUGACCACAGCAGCCUCCAAAGUGUUGGCAGUGAUGAAGGUUACUCUAGCUCCAGUGUAAAGCUGUCCUCAUCAAUAUAGAUCAGGGCAAUCCAGAAGCUAUCUACAGAUCAGAUAUGUCUGAGGGAUCACAUUAUGACAAGCUACUUUAGCUUUGGACUCUUGAGAAAAGAAAUAGGUUAAGGACAUGUGCUUGUACUACAAAUCUCAUGCACAAGGCACCAAUCCCAUACUGAGAUAAAUCAGCUUUACUUUGAGGAACACAGCACAAAGUACAUAAUAUUGUGGGUACACAUUGUGACCAAUAUUCGGUUGGUCUUUAUGUAUCUGCAGAUAAUCCCUCAGUGUCAAUUCAAUUGUAAAAUACAAGCCUUUUUAUUUUUUAAAAAAACUUUUUUUUUGCACUUUUUAAGCUGGAGAAUGGAUUGCACCUUGUUGUGUAGCCCAGAGAUCUGAUGUGAUUAAGCAAUGCCUGUCGGAAGCUCACAACUACUCUUUCUAAUCUUGCACUUGGAGGUCUUGCUUGUUUUCUUGUAUAAAACCGCAGAGAUUUUCCCUUUGUGGAGAUCUCACCAACAAGAUUGUCUAAAAGUCUGUUUACUUUCAUAAUUUAACUAGCCCAAAUCGAGAUUGAAGAACAUUUUAGUAAAUCAGUAACUUAUGGCCAAUUGUUAUUUGCUGUGCAAGAAUCAAAAAGUCUCUCAGUCCCUUUGAUUCUCCACAUGUUAUGAAGCUAAAUCUCAGGGACGGUCUCUUUUCUCCUUUUGAGUUGUUAAAAAAAAUUGUUGUUUGUUUUAAUGUUGUGCCUUCUAAGUUGUGCAUUGUGUUGUUGUGAAAUUAAGUUUCUGUUAUCGGUGCCCCUGUCUGUAUUCAGUGCAAGUUAAAUAGUUUGAUCGUUAACUUUGAUUUUCUUUUCCUUCCACACCAUGGUUCUGUAUUAAACUAGCCUGAUUAUUAGCAAGGGUGAUCCCAAAGCCCACUCCUCACCAGCAUUGUCUUGAAGCCCUGAACCAGGGAAGCUAUUGAUUUAGUUUGUCAGGGCCAGAAACUUAAAGGGUAAUACCUAGAUAAUUAUUUGGGGACGACAAGUUUGCAGAGCUAUGAGGAGAGAGCGAAGGAGUGGAAUUGAUGCGGAUAACUCUUUCAAAAGAGCCAGCACAGACACGAUGGGCCAAAUGGCCUCCUUCUGUGCUGUGUAAUUCUAUGAUACUUGUUUCAACUGUGCAUAUUGCAGCUUUAGAGAAAGUUUGAGACCAAGGAAAAGUAUUAAUGAUGAUGUGGUCAUACCCACAACUACAGCAACAUUAACAAACGGUGGAUAUAGUAUAUAUAUAUAUAUAUAUAUAUAUUUUAAACUGAAGCUUAAGAGGCCACUAGAGACCAUUGGGAGACGUCUGUCCUUGUUUGAACUGUACCUUUUCUCCAGCUUAGCUAUAGUUUUACCCAGAUAUAUCCAGCUUUUGCUAUUUUCAAGGAAAGUUUUUAGUACACUUUUAUUAAAGCACUCAAAGCUCUUUAGCUCUUUUAUUUCCAAUGUGCGAUGACCUGACCCUGAGGUUAGUGAAUUUCUUGAUGAGAAUAUUCAUUUUAAAACUUACUGCUUUACCCGAAAGCCCAGUCCGAGUCUAAAACCUUUGGGAAUUGAUAUUUGUUCCACAAAAUAAAGGUUUUAUAUUUCAUUUGUAACAAACUCUUUUAAGCCUUUGAUUUCUAUUUUAAUCAAACAACUACGAUCGAGGCUCUUCGAUUUCAUAUCUUAAUUGUUGACUUCCAAUUAAUUGGGCUUGGAACCCAUUUCUUCUCUUGGGAGUCACAUCGAAAAUAGGAAGUGUAUCUCUCACCUGUUUGGGAUGCAUUCUAAAAUCAUCUCCAAGUCUAAAUUGGAACAGCUUGGAUUUUUCAGGAUUUGUCUUCUGUGGAUCAUUUCAGAGAUCUGAUGAAUUCAGAUAUAAAUUUGAACUUUGAACCAAUAUGGAUGCUCAUCUCGAAUACAUCUCUUUGCCAUGUUAAGGAAAGAUUAUUAUGAAAUUAUGACAGUGCAGUUUUCACUGUACCUGUAUACAUUUUUAUAAACGCUGUGUUGCUGAAAUACAUUUGUUGAUUUGCACUAAAGGCAAGACAUUUACCUACUGUGUGUGUGUGUUUUCCAUGGAUUUCUCAACUGAAGCCAUGAAAAAAAGCCAAAAAAGCUGAACAUUUUAAUGAUCCUCUGACAGAUAAUAAUUUGUUCUCUUUUCAGUUAAGUGAAAACAUUUAAUUUUAAGACAGACAAUAACUGAAUUCUGGUGCUAUGUAGUUAGUUAAUUGGAAACACUAUAAUUGCAAAAUUUGGGACAGGCUGUUUAAAUUGUGUCCUCGUUGUUUUUACCAGCCCUUCUUUGGUCUAAUUACCUGUUAAUGAGCUCAUGUGGCCAAUACACAGAGCUGGUAGCUUUGUAACACACUGUAACACGCUCACAUUUUUAAAAUUCUUUCCGUCUUUGCUACUUUUCUAAGUGAGCGAUACCUGAAUGUAAAACAAAAGGCAGCUUUUCAAGAACUCAGCUACAGAACCCUGUGACUGUCUGAUGGGUACAUUCUGAUAGACCAAGACAUUUCUUGUGUAUUCCCUUUCAGGUCACACUUUGUCACCUUUAUUCUGCAGAUAUGAGGAGAAUCUGAUCACAAUGAUGACCAAAAUCCCAUUUCUUAAUAGGUUCCAUGGUUCUUACUUUCUCUUUGCCAAGGUCAUUGAAAUCAACCGCAUUAGCAACAGUUCCCUGGGCAAGCCGGUUAUCAUCCAAGCUUUUUACAAUGAGGUUGAAUGAUAAUCCUCUUAACGUAUCGGAUGUUUGCCAGGGCUGGCAGAUCCAGGGUCUUGCUAAUGAGGUUUGACGACAGUAUUUUUCCAGUUAGUAAUGUGACUGAACAGGUUUGAAAGUGGAACAUUCAAUUAUGGUAGAGUGGAUCCUUAUACUUUAUCCAACUGCAGCAGCUACCUGUUUUGACAAUAUGCAAACUCAGUAUCUGGAUAGAGUGGUUUACCUGCUGUAGGUAGGCACUAUGUAUCUUCAGUUUAGGUGCGACAAUGAAUCAUGG